AUGGUCGUCGUUUCAGGCUCACCUUGGGCCAAAAAGGUCGCCUUGAUCGUUAUUUCAAUCAACCUCGUCUUUUGGUGGUGGUGUUUCUCCGUUCCCGGUUCAGACGACCUUACACCUCCCAAACCAUCGCGCUUCGUAACAGAUCAAUUACCAGACCUACCCGAUCCCAAAGAACUCGAGGAGAAAAAAGCUGCGAAACUAGUAGAAGCUGAAAAAGCUGCAAAGGCAGCGAGAGAAGCAGCUGAUCCGAAAGUCGGCAAGAAUGGCUUGAUGACUUUUCGCUCUUGGAGUAACUUUGAGCUCAUCCGACCCAAGAAUGACAAGACCUUUUUGUGUCGUCGCUUUAAAAGCUCCCCGCAUAAACCACCUCACGUCGAAUGGAAUCCCAGCGGUGGUGAACUUUCCAAGGGAUACGUGUUUAUCACGCCGCAGUCUACAGGGGAGGAUAGGGGUCUUGUGCAAGCUGGCAGCUUUAUCAUGAAGCAGAACGCCGAGCUUGUAUAUGCUCAUGAUGAGACGCCUUUUGACUCAGAAGGUCUGCGCGUGCAAAACAUCAACAAUGAACAAUUCCUCACGCUAUGGCGCGGUACGAGGAAGGGCGCGCACGGAUUUGGCCAGGCGAUGAUCAUGAACAGUCAGUAUGAGAAGACGAUUAUUCAUCUCGAUGCUAUCAUCAGCAAUAAGUUUGGGAAGAAGUUUAAGGGUCAAUUGGACUUUCAUGAGCAGGAGUUGACGACGAGGGGAACGAUCUUGGUUACAGCGUAUAACACCACGGCGUUUAAUCUUACCCAGAUGGGAGGAACGGAGGAGGGUUAUGUUUCGGAUUCGAUGUUCUUUGAGAUUGAUAUUGAGACCGAGGAGAUUUUGUUUAGUUGGAGUGCCCUGGAUCAUUUCUGGCCCGAGGAUUCCAUGCUGCCGCUUAUCACAGAAUCUGGCAACGGCACAGCUACGUCGCCGUACGACUUCUUCCAUCUCAACUCUGUCCAAGCCGUCAACCACGAUUCGUUCCUAAUUAGCAGUCGCAACUUUUGGUCCGUGUAUCUCAUCUCCAGAUCGAACGGUAAAGUCCUCUGGGAAUUGAGAGGCAAUACCAAGGGUGGAAGUUUCGGGAGUAUACCGCCUCAUGGACGAUUCCGAUGGCAGAACCACGUUCGGGCGCUGGAAGCUGAUAAGAAAGGCAUGAUCAUUAGCAUGUUUGACAAUCACAAUAGUCCUGAGGACCUUGGACAGACGAAUUCGCGAGGAUUGGUCCUCAAGGUCAACUUACCACCUAAGAAGGACCAAAGACCCGAGGUUCUUCGCACUCUCUCGCCCGACCGUGGAAAGGUCUCGCCGAACGAUGGAAGCUAUCAAUUGUUUCUCAGCAACGGAAACUCCUUCAUGAGCUGGGGUGCCGGCGGCGUCGUUCACGAAUACGGUCCAGCAGGUGGCCAAGAUCUUCGCUGGCAAGCGCGCUUCGGCUACGACGAAACAACCCGCAGCUACCGUGCCUUCAAGGACGUCUGGACCGGCACACCAAUGUCCUGGCAGCCUGCCCUCGUCCUUGAAAAGACCGAAGAUUCUGUCCUUGGCUACGUGUCCUGGAACGGGGCGACCGAUAUCGACGGGUACAACUUAUACCAGUACGAACCCGGCAGUCCCGCUACACCACUCGGUAAAGCAGCAGCGCUUGGUUUCGAAACGGCUAUCGAUCUAGGAAGCAAGUUCAAUUUGACGAGCUGUAUUCUGGUAGCUGCUGUAAGGGAUGGACAGGAGCUUAGACAGUCGAAUGUGGGGUGUUUGCAGGGGAGGACUUUUGUUAGUACGUUUGUGGAUUCGAAUGGCAUGGCGCAGGGUGAUAGUGUUGUUAGAGAGAGUUUUGUUCAGAAGGUUAUGCGUUUGUUUGGCGCUCGAGGAGAGCUUUCCCAAACUGGUAUGGAUGAAUGA